UCUCCCGGCGUGCUUAGCAGACGGUACCUUUCUGAUGCGUCUGAACUGAUUUUAACGAGACGUAAAAACUGACCAUAGCACUGUGACAAGCUUAAAGAUGAACCGUCUUCUGGUUGGUGGAAUCGGCUGCUCUUUUCUCGGGCUGGUUGUGUAUGUGGUGGGGAUAGCGACAACCGCCUGGCUGUCGGUAGCCCAGAGUGGGGCUGAAGACAAGGUCGGACUGUGGCAGGAGUGCGUUUAUAACCCACAAUUUGGAAGGACGAUCUGCAUUGGCACCACCGAUAUCAGUCGGCUGCCCGCUGCUUUCAAUGCCUCCCGUGCCUUUACCGUGAUCGGAAUAAUGCUGCUCAUUCCCGGUCUAGCUCUGGCCUGCUUCACCCUGAAAAAGAACUCCAACAAAUUCAAGAAGAUCGGUGGUGGCAUGAUUAUUGCUGGGGGGGUCUGUGGCAUCAUCGCCGCUGCUUGCUUUACCGGCUACGCCGUGAAUCUCUUCCAAACUUCGGGCGUGCCGGUGCCGUUCGGCUACUCCUUCUACCUGACCUGGGUACAGGCGGUCUUCACCAUCAUGGGAGGAGCCAUCAUCAUAUGUUCCGGGCGCAGGGACGAGGAAGAUGAGCUACCCAUGGUCCGCUAGGGAGUCCUUUAAAGAGGCAUUUUGUAACGUUUCGUCAGAAAAAAUUGAAUUAAUCUAAUCGGGAAAAAAUAUUCGUGUGAUUGUCCUCUUCUCAAUAUACUUAUCACAUUUCUGACCUUUGUGGUCGUCGCUAAAUUAACUCACGAGGCGCACUCAUUUUGUUGUACCACCACAAACUAGCAGGAUGUAAACAAACAUGGCUGACAGCUGUGUCUUCGGCUUGUAUAGAAACUCGUAAGGCGUCAUACUAUGGCACCUCCUCAAUGGCGCUAAUUUGAAAUGAAGUACGGAUGAUUCAAUUUACUUUGUAAAAAAAAUAUGACCAGAAAACCUUCCGCAUCGCCCUGGUGUUACAUAAUGCAGCUCCAAAAAGGCCUGUCUCAAAAGUUCUUAUGCUUUGCAAAUCAGAUAUCAUUUGUUUUGGUAUAUCAUCAGUUUGUAUGAAAAUCGGAACUAUCACGUAUGUAACCAGCUCUUUAUUGAUAUAAACUGGUCUGCCGUGGUGUUUUUUUUAGUUUUGAUUGUGGUUGAGCACAAAACAAAUAUCUACAAUGUAGUUUUUGUAGGUUGAACACAAUACAGAUAUCGACAAUGUAGUUUUGUAGGUUUGGGAAGAUAUAAAUAUCCAAAAUCAAGUUUGUUUAUAGGGAAAAUUUAAAAAGAGUUUAGUACAUAGACCGUAUGUAAUUGCACGUUAAAACAACCAUUAUUGCAGGAGGAUGGGGUGAUUGUGUGAUUGCGAAUAAAACGGAUACGCCAAA